AUGCACGUUCUUUUGACCAACGACGACGGUGCUCCGCACGAGACCGCAAGUCCAUACAUUAAGUUUCUCGUCGAAGCUAUUCACAAGUUGACUAACUGGGAGUUGACCAUCUGCGUGCCCAGCUCCCAAAAGUCCUGGAUUGGAAAGGCCCACUUGGCAGGAAAAGAAAUCUCUGCCUCCUAUAUCUACUCUGCGAUUGACCAGCCAUCAGAUAGUUCUUUCCACGGGCCGUUCUCGUAUCCGAAUGCCGAUCUUAUCAAGGACCCCAACAUGAAAGAGUGGUGUCUUCUGGACGGCACUCCAGCCACCUGCGCAGACAUUGGAAUCAACCAUAUUGCCAAAAAGCCCGUCGAUCUUGUGAUCAGUGGGCCCAAUGUUGGAAGAAACUGUUCCGCACUAUACUCCUUGUCUAGUGGAACGAUUGGAGGAGCAAUGGAGGGUGUACAGCACGGCAAGAAAGCGAUUGCUGUGUCUUACGCUUUCGAAGCCGACUCUUUCAACGAUCCUAAAAUUCUGGCUGAGGCCUCGUUGGUGUCGGUCAAACUCAUCGAGAAACUCGUUUCAGUGUGGGAUGACCGCGUUGAUUUGUACACCAUCAAUGUUCCUUUGAGAAAGAGCCUGAAGCUCGGCGAAACCAAGUGUGUGAUGACCCCAACACUCGAUAACAAAUGGACAAAGUCUCUGUAUACCGCCAAAUCCGAAAGUCCUGAGCAGCCAGCCUCAGAUAUCGUGGACCAGAGCGUUACCCACGGAAAGACCUUUAAGUGGACUCCCGACUUUGACUCUGUGCACAAGAACCUCGGAGAUGGGAGCGUUCUGAAUGAUGCUAUAGCCGUGGACCAAGGGCUUGUUUCCGUUACAGCUCUUAAGGCAGCAUUCAAAGAGAUCGAUGAUCUCAACACUGGCGAGUUGAUCAUUGACUCCGAUUCUGUUUUCAUUGGCUACCCAGCAGAUGCGUAUCUUUUCGAUCCUUUAGAGCAAGCUCUGGACAAGUACUUGAACAGCAGGGUUUCGGGAAAGACGCUUGUGUUUGCAGAGUACGAGGAUCUGGAUCACGAGAGGAUGAUGAGUGACAAGAACUAUAUGGCCAACUCGUAUAUUUAUCGGAAGGGUCUGAUUCGAAAACACUAUUUGGCCAACACCAUUGCAAUGUACACCUCGAAAAAUCCAUCGAGUAUACUAAAUCAAGCUUUUCCCGAGACAUACCAGCUGGAGCUAGACUAUGCAGAAUUUUUGGAUGACUCUCUAGACGAAAGCUACGAACUGCGUCAGGAUCUGGAACAAAACGAGCAGACGCUGUCUAAAACGUAUAUUUUGAAACCGAGCAUGAGUGACAAAGGCCAGGGCAUCAGGAUUUUUCAGACCAUUGACCAGUUGCAGAACAUAUUCGACUCGUUUGAAGAGUCUGAGGAAAAUGGAGACGAAAACGCCGUGAUCACAUCCCAGCUGCGCCAUUUCAUUGUUCAGGAGUAUAUUGCCAACCCAUUGCUGCUUCCAGAGUAUGACAACCGGAAGUUCCACAUUCGUACCUACGUGCUCUGCGUGGGUGAUCUCCGGGUGCUCGUUUAUCAAAGAAUGUUGAUGCUAUUUAGCGAGAAGCCAUAUCACAGGGAUUUUGACAAUAUUGACGGCCAUCUUACCAACACUUGCUUGCAAGGCGACACAGACAAGCUGGUUGUGGUGGAGCUCGGUAAAAGUGUGCUUUCGGAAUUCUCCCAAAAUCAGAUCCGGGAGUCCAUAAACUUAAUAGUUGGAGAGCUAUUCAGAGCAGCCGCAAAUGACAAAGUCAAUUUCCAGCCUCUGCCAAACUGCUUCGAGACAUUUGGUAUCGAUUUCGUGGUGGACGAAGACCUCAACGUGUCGCUGCUCGAGGUAAAUUCUUACCCUGAUUUCAAGCAAACCGGAGACGAUCUUAAAGGUCUGAUCUACGAGCUGUUUGACGGCAUUGUGCAACAGGGAGUGGUACCUUUCUUUGGGGGCAAGCUAACGCCCUCGAGCAGUUUCAAACAAGUCCUUGAACUGGCUUAA